AGGAACAGCAUUAUUUUAUGUAAAAUAUUUCCAUAUCGAAUUAAGGAAGAAUCUUUUAUGUAUAAAGCAAAAAGACUUUGAAAACAUGGAAACUACUACAAGUCACAUAUUGUUGUCACUGAUGGGUGGUAUUAAGUCGAAACAGCAAGAAAACUUAGAAAAGAGUCGUUUGUCGCGAUUUUACGAAGAUUUCGAUGACUUUAAUCAAGGCGAAGUGAUCUUUUGCAAGAACAAUGUUUGUAUUUUUAAUCGUGUACAUGUACCGGGAUAUCUCACAUUAAAGGCUUGUACAAUUAAUAACGAGUACACAAGAUUGAUAUUACAUUGGAUUUCAAAUGAACUCCUGCAAGAAAGUUUAGUGACAGACGACGAGAUUCAAGAUGCGGUGAUUGUAAACAAAAGCGACGACUCGAAACCAACAGUUUUUCAUAUCGAUUUAACAGAAAUGAGAUUCCUAAAAUGCUUUUUUAAUGAGGAUCAGACUUCGGGACAUUUUGUCGUCGGCAAUCACGAAAAUCAUUAUAAAGUUUUCCAUUUUCAUUUGGACGGAAUGAUACAUUUGGUGGAAAUCUUCGAAAAUUGGAACUUAUGCAGGACUAUAAAAUUACCGCCCGAAGAGCGAGCGAGAAAGAAAGCAUUUUCGAUCAUUCCGCUGUACACUAUUUUUCCUAAUCAAAGUUUCGAAGAAAGUCGAUACUGUCCCAUGACAAAAGCUAGAUGGAAAUGUUUCCUGAACAAAUCAGGUCAACUUGAAGAUGUGUCAAAUUUUCGAAAGGAAGUCUACUAUGGUGGAGUGUUUCCAGACGUUCGAAAAGAAAUAUGGCCAUUUCUUCUUCAUUUUUAUCCAUUUCAUUCAAGAGCAUGGGAACGUAAGAAUAUCAGAGAACAGAAAAUGAAAGAAUACCAGGAUAUUGAAGAAAGAAGGUUAAAUAUGCCUAAGGUUGAAUAUGAUAAGUUCUGGCUUGAUGUUCAAUGUACUGUGGAUAAAGAUGUUGUCAGAACCGAUAGAUCACAUCCCUAUUUUGCUGGGACUGACAAUCCAAAUCUUGAAAUUAUGAGGAAGAUUUUGCUCAACUACGCAUACUACCAGCCUGACGUUGGCUACAGUCAAGGAAUGUCAGACUUAGUGGCAUCCUUAUUAUCAACACUUCAAGAUGAAGUUGACGCAUUCUGGUGUUUUGUUGGUUUAUUGGAACGCAGUAUGUUGAUCACGACUCCAAAAGAUGAUUCAAUGGACUACCAGUUGCUGUACUUGAAAGAACUUUUGCGUUUGAUGGCUACUAAGUUCUACGCACAUUUGCUGUUAGCAGACGAUGGCAUGGACCUUCUGUUUUGUCAUCGUUGGCUUUUACUUGGUUUCAAACGCGAGUUUCAUGACUGGCACGUGAUGCGCAUGUGGGAGGCAUGCUGGUCUCAAUAUCAGACCGAGUUCUUUCAUAUAUUUAUUGCUGUGGCCAUAAUCGUCGAGUAUGGCGAUCCAGUAUGGCAGAGAUCAAUGCGCGUCGACGAAAUAUUGAGCUAUUUUAACAAUCUAGCGAUGGAAAUGGACGGCAACAAUGUGCUGAAGAAAGCCAGAAGCUUGCUGUAUCAAUUUCGAAGACUAGCUGGAAUCCCUUGUACCCUCAGAGGUCUUUUAUCUGGCCCUGGUGCGUGGGAUAGUGCAACCCUACCGGUCAUUGAAUGCUCGUGUCAUUACACUGAAACCUGUAUCUAUAGUGAUCGACCAAGGCGAGGGAAAACCAUCUAUCAAAAUGAUUGGCAAGAAAGAGAUGAAAAAGCAGAAACUUUGAUAAAUUCUCAGACGUAUAUUACUCCCCAAAGCAGUUUUGAAUCCGUGCGCAGUGAUAGCACCACUGGAGAACAUGAAUUUUGUGUGAAAAAUGUAGAAAGUGAUAGUAGCAAGGAAGAAUUUGAAUCAAGUUUGAGCAAUGUUGAAAGUGAUAAUGAUACUAGAGAGUUGAAGUUAAGUUUGAACAAUGUUGAGGGUGAUUGUAGCAAAGAAGAAUUUGAAUCAGGUGUGAACGAAGUUGAGAGUGGUAGUGAUACUGGAGAAUUGAAAUUAAGUUUGAACAAUGUUGAGGGUGAUUGUAGCAAAGAAGAAUUUGAAUCAGGUGUGAACGAAGUUGAGAGUGGUAGUGAUACUGGAGAAUUGAAAUUACGUUUGAACAAUGUUGAGGGUGAUUGUAGCAAAGAAGAAUUUGAAUCAGGUGUGAAUGAUGUUGAGAGUGGUAGUGAUACUGGAGAAUUCAAAUUAACUUUGAACAAUGUUGAGGGUAAUGAAAAGCCGAAAGUAGAUGCCAGUUUAACAGAUUGUAAAGAAGAGAUUCCACCUCAUGAAAAUCCAGAAGUAGACCAAGACAUUGUUGUGAAGUAAAAAUUUAUGCUUGCUAUCAAAAAUAUGAAAUGAAGCACUUCCAACCAAGAGGGUUUACCACAGACAAGGAGCAGAAAUAUAUUUUUGUUUGUGAGAAACCUUACUUUGUAAUAAUGUCCAAGCUCAAACAAGAAAUUAUCGAGAUUGUACAACGAAUUGAAUAAUUUUGAUAAAGAAAAUGGACAGUAAUGUUGCAAUUAUGUAUGAAAUUACAAAUUCUGCUUACUCUUGAAUCAUGGAGAAGAAGUUUGACUGAAGACACACGCAGCUAUAAACAUCCAUUCAUUCACACAUUCAAUGAUUAAAAAUCAAUGUGUAAAUACAUACGUACGUACAAUAUGAGCGAGAUGUACUUAUAGAUUUAAGGCUUCAUUCAGUAUUGAAAUAAAAGGAUUGUUUGUUAUUUUUAUGUUGA